AUGGGUGGCGUAAAAGAGAGAUUCAUCAAAUUUGAGGAUUUGACAGGAAACAAACGGACAGAGGACAUAGCAGCCCUGGCUCUCGGGUUCUUGGAGGAAUAUGGAUGCGUGGAAAAACUUGUAGCUCAGUGCUAUGACGGCGCUGCCGUUAUGGCCUCGGGGUUAAAAGGAAUCCAAGCCAAGUUCACCAGCUUUAAGACUGCAUUCCCUGAAGCUGCCUUCUCAAGCCUGACAGCAAGCUACGGGCCGCACUUUGACCUGCCACGGCUGAAAAAUGAGAUCUUCCUAAUGUUAUUGUCUGUUGUAACAAUAUGUGGAAACCUUCUCGUUAUAAUCUCUGUCUCUUAUUUCAAACAGCUCCACACUCCUACCAAUUACCUUAUUGUCUCUCUGGCUUUGGCUGACCUACUUGUUGGGAUCAUAGUCUUUCCUUUCAGCAUGGCAUUCUCACUUAGCUCAUGUUUGUAUCAUGAGGGUUUAUUUUACAGAUAUUAUGCAAUAUGUAAGCCUCUGACCUAUAGAACUAGAGUAAGCUAUCGUGUUAUUGUGAUCAUGAUCCUGGUGAGCUGGGGGGUCUCUGCUCUAAUUGGAGUCAGCAUCAUAAUUGCUGGAUUAAAUGAUAAAAAAUGCGAAGAAAGGUGUUUAAUUGAUGUUCUCAUAGAAAACACUAUUGGACCUAUUUUAUCAUUUUAUCUUCCAGUGAUCAUAUUGCUCUGUAUCUAUCUAAAGAUUUUCCUUGUGGCACAGAGACAGGCACGCAGCAUCCGGAACAUAACCUGUCAGAGAACAAAGUGUAGGGCCACUGUGAGUAAGAUGGAGAGAAAGGCCACCAAAACUCUGGCUACUGUUUUAGGAGUUUUUCUGUUAUUUUGGACUCCUUUCUUUCUUUGUAUCACCUUUCUGCCUUUCAGUAAUAAUUCAGUUCCAGUUCCUGUGAUUGAAACCCUCAACUGGCUUACGCUGUCAAAUUCAAUGCUCAAUCCGUUUAUUUAUGCUUUCUUUUACAGCUGGUUCAGAUCAGCUUUCAGAAUGAUCAUUUCUGGAAAAAUAUUUCAAGGUGAUUUUACUAACGCAAAACUGUCUUGA